UCAGCUCACUUCAAUUCUCACCCUUUGUGGUGUCCACAAUCCUCCUCAUUUCUCAAGUCAGCUAAACGCAACAUCUCACUUCUUCUACAUAAAUAAAUAAUAUAUAUUUCAGGCCUGUUGUAAUCAGUAAAUUGGAGAAAGCCGGUUCUGGAAUCGGAAGCAAAUAGGGGAUGGGUUCGGCGGGGAAAGCAAUCUACACCGUCGGUUUCUGGAUCCGAGAGACAGGCCAAGCCCUUGAUCGAUUGGGCUGCCGCCUCCAAGGCAACUAUUACUUCCAUGAACACCUGUCGAGGCAUAGAACUUUGAUGAACCUGUUUGACAAAGUACCAGUUGUUGAAAAGGAUGCAUUUGUGGCCCCAAGUGCCUCUAUAGUUGGUGAUGUUCACAUUGGUCGUAGUGCUUCUAUUUGGUAUGGAUGUGUUCUGCGAGGUAUGUUCUGCUUCUACAUACCAUGUUAGUUUCAAUGCUUAAAAUAUCUCUUGUAGACUUAGUGGUGCAAAUAUGCUGCCCUUAUACUGAUCGUUUUUGAAGCAUCCUUUUUUCAACAUUGUAAAAUUUUCCUGGAGGUAUUUGAGGAGGGGUGAGCAAAUCAUUUUUUCUUGUCUCAUGAAGGCUUUGCCUUUUCUUGAAUUAUGUGAAUGCGUAAACUUUUAGAAGACAACUAC